AUGAUAAUAAUUAACAAACUCUCUCUUUCUCUCUCUCUCUCUCUCUCUCUCUCUCUCUCUCUCUCUCUCUUACUUUCUCGCCCUUUUUAUCGGUCUCUCACGAUAUGUGUUUAUAUAGCUAUUUUUUAUGGAUCUCACACAAAAUUUAAUUUCUUUCUUUCUUUCUUUCUUUCUUUCUUUCUUUCUUUCUUUCGUUGCAAUCAUUUUCCAUUUUUAUUAUUUCAUUAUUUUGUUUCUUUCGAUGAAUUUAUUCUUUCUUUCUUUAUUUCUUUCUUUCUUUCUUCAUUUAUUUAUAUUUUCUUUCUUUCGUUCAUAUUUUUCUGUAUUCAUCCAUAUUCUUCUUCUUCUUCCUCUUAUUAUUAUUAUUAUUGUUCAAAUACUACUACUAUUAUUACUACUCUCAACUUUAAUAUAUUAUUGUUCUUGUUCCUAUUAACAAUGUCAGUUUUUUUCUUCUGCUUCUCUUUCUCUCAACUUAAACAUAUUCUUUUUCCUUUUAUGAUUUUUCUCCUUCUUCCUUUCGGUGGAUUCAACCUCCUUCUUCAUCUUUAUCUUCUUCUUCUUCAGGAUGUUGUUGUUCUUUUUCUUUUUCUUUUCAUCAACAUCAUCAUCAAUCAUUUCUUUUUCGGCUGGACUUCAUAUACUUUACAUAGUGUCAAUAUCUAUCUAUCUAUCUAUCUAUCUAUCUAUCUAUCUAUCUAUAUAUCUAACAUAACAGACCAAAUGGCCAAACUUUCCCUUCCUGGUUCUCUCUUCCCUUCGUAUCCCUUUUCUUUCUUUCUAUUUCCCUUCUUUAUUUUUCAUUCCUAUUUCUUCAUUUCUGAAAAUAAUUCAUACACGCUCUCUCUCUCUCCCUCUCUCUCUCUCUAUCCCUCCCUCCCUGUUAUUCUCUAUUCGUUCCGAAAUAUCUUUUCCUUCAAAUUGAUCUUCAUCUUACUCUUUACAAAUAAAUGA